AAUAAAAACCACACUAUAUAUUAUAUAUAUAAACUAGGCAGCAGAAGAAGAAAUGAGUACCUAAAAUAGUGAGUGAGAGGUUAGAGUUUGAGAGUUUAACAAUGGAUGGUCUAGUUCAGCAGCUGCAGAAGCAACUUGUUGAUUACACUGCUUCCCUAUUUCAUGAGGGUUUUUUGGAUGAGCAAUUUAACCAGCUUCAGCAACUUCAAGAUGAAAGUAACCCAGAUUUUGUGGUUGAAGUGGUGACUCUGUUUUUUGAAGACGCGGAGAGGCUUCUUAAUGAGCUCACAAAAACACUAGCCCAGCCUACCAUUGAUUUUAAAAAGUUGGAUGCUCAUGUUCACCAGUUGAAGGGUAGCAGCUCCAGCAUUGGAGCACAGAGAGUUCACAGAGUCUGCAUUUCCUUCCGAAACUCUUGCGAGGAGCAAAACGUUGAAGGGUGUCUUAAAAACUUGCAACAAGUGACACACGAGUACUCCUUGGUGAAAAACAAGCUUGAAACUCUCUUCAGGAUGGAGCAACAGAUUUUGGCUGCUGGUGGGUAGUGUGAGACGAGGCAGAGACAAUUGGAAUUUGGCACAAAUCAUGUCUAAUCUGCAAACGAAACAGACCCACUUCUAUGUUGUAUUUUUCACUUUGUGUAUGAUUUUGUCAAGUGGAUCAUGGUCUUGAAAUAUAUCAUUUGAGCAAUAUUUAGUCCAAAA